GUUCACUAAUACGUGGUAGCCAGGAGAAUUGGUAGAUAAAUAAGCAGCUGUCUAGCAUUUCAUUCAGUAUUUAUUCCUCGUCCACCUUUGGUUCACUGGCUGACAUUUUCUAAAAUGGCUUACAAACUGUAUUAUUACGACAUUCGGGGUGCUGCAGAGCCGAUUAGGAUGAUUCUGUCGUACGGUGGCGUCCAAUUUGAGGACAUUCGUGCCCCCAUGUUCCCACUCCCACCCAAGUUGCCCAAGGAAAUUAAGGAAAAAACGACAUGGGGGACAAUUCCACUGAUGGAGUUUGAGGGAAAAAAAUUAAACCAGUCGCUUACAAUUAGUCGCUACUUUGCCAAAAAAUUUCACCUUGCGGGAUCCAACGACUUUGAAGCGGGUCUAUGUGACGAGUACGUGGACACGGUGAUCGACUAUAUAAAACGUAAGGAGCAAUUGUAAUUAACAAAUUUACCGAAAUAUUCUGUCUUGUUGCCAAAUUCAUGCAGAUACAUAAAUAACAUGACACAACGAUACAAUUUCGAAUUAUGUAAAAAAAAUUGUUGCAUACAUGCGUUAUCAAUUUCCGUGGUGAAAAUAAUAUCGCUUUUCCCUAACAUAUACUUGCCCUAAAA